AUGGCGUCAAAGCUGGGAGCAAGUGGAGGUGCUGGCCCAACUGGUCCUGCGCUUUUCGGUGACUCUCCGGACCCUUCCUGGUCCAGCCUUCGCGGCGAAGCCAUUGCCACGCCGACGGGUGCCGGAAUAGAGGAAAACAAAAGGUUGUGGGAUGCAGGUGCUGGUCCCCCACACACAGACGCAAAGCUCAGGCUCUUCGGGACCACAGGGGAGCCGAGGGUCGUGUUGUACCGAGAUACCGCGGCAUGGUGCCCCUACUGCCAAAAGGUUUGGCUCAUGCUCGAAGAGAAGCGGAUACCCUAUCGCGUAGAAAAAAUAAACAUGAGGAGCUACGGUGACAAACCUUCUAGCUACCUAGCCAAGGUGCCAUCCGGACUCCUACCCGCGAUUAGCCUCGACGGCGAACUGAUGACCGAGAGUCUCUCGAUUAUGCAAACCCUGGAGGCCACAUUUCCAAAACCACGACGCAUGCUGCCAGACCGCGAGUCCCCAGAAUUCCAAGAGGCGGUAAGGCUCCUCAAUCUGGAGCGUGAACUCUUCAGGUGGUGGUGCCAGUUCGUGUUUCGUUCAGGAGACUCAAGCCGGGGAGCUCUGGAAAAGACUUUGGAUGAGGUGAACUCGGCACUGGCUUCGUCUCCUGGACCGUGGUUUCUCCCGUCAUCCGCUUCUGAGGACGAAGCUGUCAACGGUAGCCCAGAUGACGGCUUCAGUCUGGUUGAUCUGACGUACGUACCGCAUUUGGAGCGUAUGGCCGCCUCCACGGCCUACUGGAAGGGUUUACAGCUUCGUGGAAACGAGAGGUGGCCUUCGAUCAAUCGCUGGUUCGAGGCCCUUGAAAUGCGGCCAGCGUACAUGGCGGGAAAAUCAGACUUCUACACCCACGUUAAAGACAUCCCACCGCAGUAUGGUGACGGCGUCUCCAUUCGAGGAGCGGAGGCGAUGAAAGCUACGAUUGAUGGAACCGAUGCUUCGUGGUCCUUACCUCUUGCGCCUCUCGACGCUACUCAAGGAUUGGAACCUGUCUCGAGCGAAAACAACCCCGGAGAAGACGGGGCCAGGCACGAAGCGGCGUACAAGUUAAUAGGCAACGCCGAGGCCGUAGCGAAAUUUGCUUGCCGCGGCGCUGGAAGAGGAUCUGGAUGGAACCUGCUACCUGGUCGAGCACCACUUUCGGACCCAAACGCCACCCCUAACCUUGAAAUUUUGCCGGACGUGGACUACUGUUUACGUCGGGUAGCCUCUGCUCUACUGAAGGGGUCUCUUGACGAAGACGAAGCUGCCCUCAAGCGCGGAGCAACUAGCAGCGGAGGCCACCCCGGGACAGCAGCCGCAGUUGAAGCCUCUUUGGUUUACCUAAGAGAUCGGGUCGGUGUACCAAGAGACAUGACUUAUCCGGCCGCCCGCCAACUGCGUGCCCACUUGAAUUGGGCAAUCAAGACCCUGAAAUAAGUCUGCAACUUUGCACGCCCAAGCAACCGGUGGCAUGUGCAUGCGGUUGACUACAGUUGUUUUGUCGAGACCCGCAGAGCCGGCAAUGACAGGUUCUUUAUUGCUCGCUCGACCCAUAGGGAGCAUGAAGAACUGGGCUCGCCCCUAGUGCAAAUGCGUUGGUCCCAUUGGCGGUGUUAAACCUGUGGCCGUGGUGUGUGCGUGUGUGUGACCCCUUUGUCCUAGCGCCAGUCUACACCACGCGGUGUAUGUGUUUAACGCGUCAGCCGGGGUCAAACAGGAGUUUCUGAUUUGUAAUUGCUUCACCUGAUGGUGAUGGACAACUUACGGUUCGUGGUUUUGUUGGCUGAGCAAAUCUGUUUCGGGAGUUUAGUCUUCAUUUGACGUUUUUUUUGGGGGUUUGGUGUCUCCGAAAUAUUUGCCAAUGAUGAAAACGGUGCUUGUUCUUGGACAAGUCGAGACAGACCAAGCUAAGAACUCUACCAAAUAAGUAUGCUACGUUCUAGCGAAAACCUGAUGGUCUCCACGUUGGAAGUGAGCAAUGUACCCGUUCGUCGCGUCUUCGCAGCUGCCAGAAUGUGGAAAUUCAAAACACUCCUUGACAGCCAUGCUCGCCCUUCACACGAUCAGCCUACUCGGCUGCUUCGCAACAUCACGGCACCGCAAGAAAACAACAGCAGGCGCGUGGCACCAAGGGGGAGAGUCAUCACUAGUGGGUAAAAAAAAAACAUACUCGACCGCUCAAGUCUUUCGUCAAGACUCAAGUCGUUCAUUCGCCCCGCCCAAAAUCUCACACUACGGGGCCCUCAACAUCCCAACCUCCGGUGUAUGUGCUCAAUAACUAUCCAUACAUAUCCUCGUCUUCAUCACCACCUCCUUGUGGGUUGUUACCACCCGCGGAAGGGUUCGUAGGGGAAGAUUCCCCGGUGGCAGGAGAAGGAUCGGCAGGAUUUUCAGUAGCCGAUGGGGCCGUCGAGUCGCUACUUGGUGUCGGGGCGGGCACGGGGGUCGCUGGGGUGGCGGCCGUAGGUGGGGCUGGGACAGGAGCUGGUGCUUGGAAGGCCGGCGGCAUGCCUGCACCCAUAUCGUUGAGAAGGAAAUUUGCCGCGAGUGC